AUUCAGGUUAUCGAGGAUGACAAAGCAAACAAGGGAAGUGAACCUUUUAGUACAGGGGUCAGAGGUCAAGCCCCACCUCUUGUCACCACCAAAUUCCAAGUUAAAGAUCAAGGGAAUGCGAGUCCACGCUAUAUCCGUUGUACAGCCUACAACAUGCCCUCCAAUUCUGACAUGGCCAAACAGUCCCAGGUGCCCCUGGCUGCUGUCAUCAAACCCCUGGCCCCUCUGCCUGCAGAUGAGACACCACCGUAUCUUGUGGAUCAUGGAGAAAGUGGUCCCAUCCGCUGUAAUCGCUGUAAGGCCUAUAUGUGUCCAUAUAUGCAGUUUAUCGAAGGUGGCCGUCGUUUCCAGUGUGGCUUCUGCAGCUGUGUCACCGAGGUGCCUCCCCAUUACUUCCAGCAUCUGGAUCACACAGGGAAGAGGGUGGACUGCUAUGACCGACCAGAGCUCUCCAUGGGCAGUUAUGAGUUUAUGGCUACUGUGGACUACUGUAAGAACAACAAGAUCCCUCAGCCACCGGCCUUCAUCUUCCUGAUUGAUGUGUCCUACAAUGCUGUAAAGAACGGCAUGGUUGGAAUCGUAUGUCAGGAGCUGAAGACACUGUUGGACUACUUGCCCAGAGAGAACCCUGAUGUGGAAUCAAACAUUAGAGUUGGCUUCGUCACUUACAACAAAGUGCUUCAUUUCUAUAAUGUGAAGGCCUCUCUCGCCCAGCCACAGAUGAUGGUAGUGUCAGAUGUGGCUGACAUGUUUGUACCCCUACUGGAUGGAUUUCUGGUCAAUGUCUCAGAGUCCAGGGUGGUUAUUGAGAGUUUGUUGGAUCAGAUCCCUGAGAUGUUUGCAGACACGAGGGAAACCGAGACUGUGUUUGGGCCUGUCAUUCAGGCCGGGCUGGAAGCACUCAAGGCUGCAGACUGUGCCGGAAAGCUCUUUGUUUUUCACUCAUCUCUUCCCAUUGCUGAGGCUCCAGGCAAGCUGAAGAACAGGGAGGAUAAGAAACUAGUGGGAACAGAUAAAGAAAAGUCAUUAUUCCAGCCACAAGUUAGUUUUUACAACACCCUUGCCAAGGAGUGUGUUGCACAGGGUUGCUGUGUGGACCUCUUCCUCUUUCCCAACCAGUAUGUUGAUGUAGCAACAUUAGGGGUGGUCCCAACUUCAACGGGUGGCUCCAUCUACAAAUACACCUACUUCCAGGCUUCAUCUGACCAGGAGCGUUUCCUCAAUGACCUGAGGAGAGAUGUGCAGAAGCCGAUGGGCUUUGAUGCAGUGAUGAGGGUCCGCACCAGCACAGGUAUCCGGGCGACCGACUUCUUUGGUUCCUUCUACAUGAGCAACACCACAGAUGUAGAGCUGGCAGGACUAGACUGUGACAAGACCGUUACCGUGGAGUUCAGACAUGACGACAAGCUCAGCGAGGAGACUGGAGCUCUUAUGCAGUGUGCAGUUCUGUACACCAGCUGCAGUGGCCAGCGACGGCUGCGGAUCCUUAACAUGGCAGUGAACUGCUGCUCUCAGCUGGCAGACUUGUACAGGAACUGUGAGACUGACACCAUCAUAAACUUUUUCGCCAAAUAUGCAUAUCGGAGUGUACUCAGCAGUCCUAUCAAGAAUGUACGUGAUAGCCUGGUGAAUCAGUGUGCACAGAUCUUAGCCUGUUACCGCAAGAACUGUGCCAGUCCAUCUUCAGCAGGGCAGUUGAUUUUACCAGAAUGUAUGAAGCUACUGCCCGUGUACCUGAACUGCGUGUUGAAGAGUGACGUUCUCCAGCCCGGGGCGGACGUCUCUCUGGAUGACCGUGCCUACCUGAGACAGCUGGUCAGCACUAUGGAUGUAUCUGAGAGCCAUGUGUUCUUCUAUCCUCGUCUGCUUCCGCUGCAAAAGUUGGAUGUUGAGAGCAUAUCUCUGCCUGUGGCAGUGAGGGACUCGGAGGAGAGACUGUCUAGGGGAGGAGUCUAUCUAUUAGAGAAUGGACUGAAUAUUUUCCUUUGGGUGGGGGUCAAUGCCCAACAGGAGCUGCUUCAGAACAUCUUUGGCACGCCAGCCUUUGGCCAGAUAGACCCCAACAUGACCUCUCUGCCGGCUUUGGAUAAUCCUUUUUCAAAGAGACUGAGGGAGAUUAUUGAGUCGGUCAGGGCACAGCGCUCACGAUACAUGAAGCUUAUGGUGGUGAAACAGGAAGACAAGCUGGAGCUGAUAUUCAAACACUUCCUGGUGGAGGAUAAGAGCAACAAUGGAGGGGCCUCUUACGUGGACUUCCUGUGUCACAUGCACAAGGAGAUUCGUCAGCUCCUGAGCUAGGAGCAUCAGGUCCCCCCUUCUCUUCCCUAGGCUCUGUACUCAGAAGCCCUUUAACUUUUUAUUUAACAUAAUAAACAAAAUCCCUUUGCCCAUCAUCUUCUCUCCCUCAAGUAUAAUCUCAUCCACGUGACUCUUGAGGAAGAAGCCACCUUGUAACGGAAAUGUUGCUCCAUCAGAUUACGGUGUUCUUUUGGUUUUAGUGGUGGGAGUUUUGACCCAGCCUUCUCCUCACUUUCCGAUGAUAGGCUUGUGAGACUGUGUGUGUGAUGGAAGAGGAGAUCUGCUGUUGUUACUGCUCUACAGCUGAUCUGGGAUCAGGUUGUGAAGCCUCAAUUAGAGCUUAAACUGCUUUGUGGAGCGAACACCUUCAGAACAGCUAGCCGGUUUUAGAGUGUUUUUGACUGUGAACGUUGAUGUUGAUUGUACCGGGUGUUCUUGUGAGAAACUCUAGCACUGAUUAAUGGUCUCUAGGUACCAAAUGACAGAAAAAUAACCGCAUUAGAAAUUAAUCUAGACCUACUCCGAAUACAGUGAAAUGAAAUCCCUCAUCUUUCGAUUCAUAGUGGAAUAUAAGAUGUUUUAGAACAAGUUAGAUCCAUGUCUAUCCAAUUUUUUUUUUUCCUGCAUAAAUUUUUCUUGCCUUACUGAUGCCGUUUCUCCUUUUUCAUUUGUUUUUCUGUUUGUCUUGUCUAAUUUUUGUCACUGUCACCUUUUUAAUGUGUGCGGAAAACCUAAUAGACUCUAAUGGAGUUUGAAGUGUGCUGUUAAUCGUUCAAAAACUCUGCGAAAAACAUUCUAAAUAAGUCUAUGCAUCAACUUCUCUUUAAAAGAAAGCGGGGAGCUGUUCAAGAGCAGGAGCUGAAUAUUGUGCUGCUUUUCUCCAUGCCCAAUUCUUUAUAGGAAGCAGAUAUGGCUAAAACUGAUGCAUUUGUGACGUUUCUGCUUCCUGAUGAAGAAUAUGGAUCCCGAAGGAUGCAUGGACAGGCAGUUGAAAUUCAGAUGAGCCUCUCCGGAGAUUGGGAGUUGUUGAAACCCUAAAGGAUGGUUCAGUAAUCAGGCAUACAUUACAGAAGCAUAAAUUCAGUUCCCGAUUACAUUUUAUUUAAUUUUUUCUUUACUGUAUGGUCUGUUGUAACCUGUAUACUACUUGACAUGUGCUUGUUCAUUUAUCAGUUAUGAUUUAAUAUCAUGUUCUAAAUCUGUUUAAAGGAGCAAGUGGCGUCUCCCUGCUCUAUGGUAUUAAUCAUUGUGCAAUGGAAGCCUGUGCUGAGCCUGAGAGUGGAGUGCAGGACUCAUUUAGAAACUGACCGUUUCUAAGCGAGUGACGUGAAGCACAUGCGGAAUUGUGACCUUAAAAGCAAUCAACACUGAAUUACCUUGUCAUCGCAUUUAUUACAUGUACAGAAUUAAAAACCACAUUUUAAAAAUGAUGUCAAGCUAGUGUGCUUUGUUGAACCUUUAAGUGAACUGCAUGAAUUCAUUCCCCCCCCCCCUCUCAAUGCUACAGAAUCUUUUACAAGCUCAUCUUAGCCCUUUGAAAGACAUUUUUAUCUAUUAUUACAGAGCUCUUUUAUAUAACGGGGUGAGCUGGUGUGUGUUUCUCAGAGGUGUAUCCUAGUGAGGUUCUCUUUAGAACCGAGGGAUCAGCCUGUUUUUAUUUAUUGAUUUAAUAAUGUUUUUGUUGGCCACAGACUCCUCAGUGUUUUUCAGAGUCGUGUCGUCUUGUUUCAUCUAUGCCUCCUGACUGCAAAUAAAUGCCUAUAUCAAUU